UCUAUGGUUUGAGCUUUCAGACCAGCCCCACCCCCCUCUUCUGCUGCACUGACCAGUGGGGCUAAAUAAUUAUACCUGGAAGUGGGAGGGACUGCUCAAAACAUAACAAAGAGAUGAGUACCAGUCAAGAAACCCUUAACCCUACUGAUCUGAAGAGCCAAUCAUACAGUCAUCGCGAUGGAUUUGAGAUCUCCUUUGUGGAACCCCCGAAAGAGCUGCCACUAAAGUGCUCUAUUUGCCUGGAGCUUCUCACUGACCCCUGUAUCCUUGACUGUGACUGUGGGAGCAACUUCUGUAAAGUGUGUAUUGAGAAGGUCAAGAAGAACCACUAUCCUUGUCCUCUAUGCCAGCAGCAAUUUACGACUAUUUUCCCCAACAAGCAGCUACAGCGCACCCUCAAUGGACUAAUGAUCCACUGUCCCCACAGGGCGGGUGGCUGCUCCUGGAUGGACGAACUUGGCAAGCUCAAGCAGCACCUCAAUCGAAUGCCAUCCAGCGAGACAAGACUAGAAGGCUGUGGGCACACUGAUGUGUUGUGUCAGUACUGCAAGAAGUACAUUCUUCGUAAAGACAUCCUUACACACGAAACUGAGACAUGUCCGAAAAAACCGUACACUUGUCAGUAUUGUAGCCACCCCUCUGUCCUCGAUGACAUCAGAGAGAACCACUGGCUCGUUUGCCCCCAGCUCCCUGUCCCCUGUCCAUACGAGUGUGGGGAGAGGCCCCAACGUCAGGGCCUCGAGCUUCAUGUGAACAAAAAAUGUUUGCUGGCCCCUGUUCUGUGCGAUUUCCGGUACGCUGGUUGUGAGGUGGAGCUAUCUCGACGAGACAUGGCCAAUCAUCUGAGGGAUAGCAUCGCAGAUCACAUGACCUUGAUGUCCCUCAAACACAGGGAGGAAGUUAGCUCAUUGAAGGAGGAGAACCAACUUGUAAAGCAAGAAUGUGCUGAUUUGAAGGCCAGUUUUGAGGCUGAAGUUCGGUUGCUGAAGAUUGAGAGUGAACAGAAGAUGAAUAAUAGCCUCGCAGAUGUGAGAAAAGAUUGUUACAUCAGUUUACAGUGUAAUCUCGAUGACCGCGUUGAAGAAUUGGUGUGUCAAAUGGAUGACCUCAAGGCAGAGAUACAGUCAGAGACGUCCCAAGCUGCCGCCUCAUGUGUUCAGCCUUCACUGUGUAGAGUACCUCCUGUGGAAAUUGUGGUUACAAACGUGAAACAUCUCAGACAGCAAAGAGAUAACUGGACUUCUGAACCAUUUUACUCGAGAGGUGGCUACAAGAUGGUGUUGAAGGUUCUCCCGUAUGGUGAUCAAGAUGGCUGUGGUACUCAUCUUUCUGUGUACAUCUAUAUAAUCAAAGGAGAGUACGACCAUCAGUUGAAGUGGCCUUUUUUGGGGCAAGUAUCUAUCACACUAGUGGAUCAGAGACUGGAAAGACAUAAAACGAAUGUAAUGGCCGUCACCCGUGAGAACAGUGAUAAUAUUGCACGAAGAUACAACAACACUCUUACUGGUGGAUUGGGAUACCCCACAUUCAUUGAGUAUAAGUACCUUUCCCCGAACUAUUUAAAAGACGAUUGCCUUGUGUUCCGUAUUGACGAUAUCAAAUACAUGUACAACUGGUGAUUCUUUCGCAAUAAUUCCUGUGUGUAGCUAUUUGUGCUGUGUGAUAUGAUUGGGUUCAUGUGA